AUGAAUGAAUGCGGAGUGGAGCGGAAGAGCGGGUCGAAUAGCAUCUUCACCCCGCAAAUCGAGCCCACUCGCUUUGUUCUUUUACUUGAGCUUGAAUUUUUGCCAACCGCUACCGCUUUCAUCCUCGUCAUAAACAACAUCAACUCAUCAUUCAGUGCCGAAACUCUCCAACUCGGCUUCACCGCCGACCGCCAGUGCGCUCAAUACAACGAAAGAUCGGUUCAUGCUACAUCUGCCAUUCUCAAUACACAGACAACGAUGGAUCUCCUGUCUACCGUUCGAAAGAGCGGGUCGCGGGGAGGCGUCAACUUCAGCUGGGAUGACGUCGCAACCUCAUCGCACCGCGAGAACUACCUCGGUCACAGUCUCAAGGCACCGGUGGGUCGAUGGCAACAAGGGCGCGACCUGACGUGGUAUGCCAAGUCGGAGCCGUCAGCCGCGAACAGUAACGAGACCGAGGAGGAGCGCCAGGCGCGCGAGCGCCGAGAAGAGCUGAGGAAAGUCAAGGAGGCAGAAGAGGAUGCCAUCGCCAAAGCGCUGGGCCUGCCGCCUCCCCAGAGAGAUGCCUCUGGCGCAAACGCCGUCGAGGUGAAUGCGUCUAGGAUGCCGGCGCGACCUGCCAACCCAGAUGUCGACGACAGCAAAACGAAGAGUGCGCGCGAGAGCACAAGGAGGCACGAGCGCAGAUCAGACGACCGGCGUAGGGAGAGGAGGGACUCUCGGGAUGGUGGCAGGAGACACCACAGGAGACAUCGGGAUCGGAGCGGGAGCCGCGACCGCGAGAGACGGAGAGACCGAUCACCACGGAGGAGGGACGGCUCCCGCGAUAGGGAUAGGCGCCCACGUGCCGAUGGCGCGAGGCACAGGAGUCGCAGUCCCAAAGGCGAUAGACGUGACCGGAGGGAACGAUACCAUGGGCGAAGUCAGAGUCGAAGCCCGGACCGGCGAGAGAGGCGCAGGCGCAGUCGAAGUAGGGAUGACCGCGAGAAUAGGCGGAGGGAUUCCGAUACACGGCAGAACACCCGUGAUGAUCACUAG